UCACAUUGUUAGUACGUCACUUUUAGAAACGCCGCGAAUUUUUUGUCAUUGAAAUUUUGCACUGGAAUUUCGCAACGCGCACAAAGGAAACAAACAGCAAAUAUGUCGGGCACUUCGCAAAAAUACAGGAACUUUGUGGCGGAGCCGAUGGGCAACAAGUCGGUGACGGAGCUGGCCGGAAUCGGCGAAACCCUCGGCGGACGCUUGACGGAAGCUGGAUUCGACAAGGCAUACACUGUUUUGGGCCAGUACCUGGUGCUGAAGAAGGACGAGGAGCUGUUCAAGGACUGGAUGAAGGAGGUGUGCCACGCGAGCUCCAAGCAGGCGUCCGAUUGCUACAACUGCCUGAAUGACUGGUGCGAGGAGUUCUUGUAAGGGAUGUGAUCGCGGAAUCCGAGUGUUUCGAUCAAAAGGCAUAUGCUCACGGCACAGACAAAUAACCUAUGUUCCCCGUCAAGCUAAGUGGGCCAAUCCCUAAGCUAAGCAUUUGUCGUAUUCAUGUUCAUAUCACUGUUAGUUUGUAGUUAAUAUGUAAUUUAAUGUCCAUCCGAAAUAAAUGUACAGCCAUGUAAAACAUCCAA